AAAGUCUCGAUCAAUAUGCCGCCACAGGGAGGCUCCAACUGCUUUGAGUCUUUUGAUGAUGACGGCCGCCUCAAAAGAACCGGAACGAUUUGGACUGCGAGUGCUCACAUUAUUACUGCUGUAGUUGGUUCUGGGGUUCUAUCCCUAACUUGGGCCAUAGCUCAGCUUGGAUGGGUGUCUGGCCCUAUUGUCAUGGUCUUGUUCUCUUUGGUGACUUACUACACAACGCUACUCUCUGAAUGCUACCGCUCCGGUGAUUCUGUCACUGGAAAAAGAAAUAACAUGGAUGUUGUUCGAUCCGACCUAGGUGGAGUCAAGGUCAAGAUUUGUGGAUAUGUUCAGUAUUUAAACAUCGUUGGAGUUGCCAUUGGAUACACUAUAGCAUCAUCCAUUAGCAUGAUGGCAAUCAAGAGGUCUAACUGCUUCCACAAAAGAGGUGGAAAUGAUCCAUGCCAUACCAAUAGCAACCCCUACAUGAUCGCGUUCAGUAUAUCACAAAUCAUAUUCUCUCAAAUUUCAAACUUUGAUCAGUUGUGGUGGCUUUCCGUUGUUGCUUCAGUCAUGUCUUUUACUUACUCGACGAUUGGGCUUGGCCUUGGAAUUGCUAAAGUUGCAGAAACUAGAACAAUCAUGGGAAGUAUGACUGGAAUAAACAUUGGAACUGUGACUGAAACCGAAAAGAUAUGGAGGAGCUUCCAAGCUCUUGGUAAUAUAGCUUUGGCCUACUCUUACUCUCUUAUUUUGAUUGAAAUUCAAGACACAGUAAGAUCUCCACCAUCUGAAGCCAAAACAAUGAAGAAGGCCACUAUAAUUAGUGUUGCAACAACAACCCUUUUCUACAUGCUAUGUGGCUGCAUGGGCUAUGCUGCUUUUGGAGACUUAUCCCCUGGAAACUUGCUCACUGGUUUUGGAUUCUAUAACCCAUUUUGGCUCUUAGACAUUGCCAACGUUGCUGUAGUAGUCCACCUUGUUGGUGCAUACCAAGUCUACUGCCAACCCUUAUUUGCUUUUGUUGAGAAAACAGCAGCGGCAAAGUACCCAGAUAACGAAUUCAUCUCAAGAGAAAUCAAUAUCCGAGUUCCCGGUCUUGGCUGUUGCAACCUUAACUACUUUAGAUUGGUGUGGAGGACUACCUUUGUGAUUGCGACCACUGUAAUCUCUAUGCUCCUUCCAUUCUUUAACGAUAUGGUUGGACUUCUCGGGGCUUUCGGAUUCUGGCCAUUGACUGUUUACUUCCCAGUUGAGAUGUACAUUGUACAGAAGAAGAUACCAAAGUGGAGCGCAAAAUGGCUUUUCCUCCAAACCCUAAGUGCCGUUUGCCUCAUUGUAUCAAUAGCUGCUGCUGCUGGCUCAAUAGCUGGGGUGAUUUCAGACCUCAAGACAUAUAAACCCUUCACGACCAGCUAUUGA